GAGAGGGCAGGGGUCGAGGCGGAGGAGUGUGAGCAUUGGGAGAGGCGUAAACAAGGGCUGAGACUGGGCCAGGCCAGGGGUAUUAGAGAGGCCGAGGAGAGGAGUGGGGCUGCGAUCCGGCCGUAUUGUAGGGGGUAGGAGCAGGAAGGAGAGACUAGGGGUGUGAAGGGGAAGGGGGCUUGUGGCAUGUGGUUGGAGGGAGGAUCGGACUCUUGUAAGGGGUGUUGUGAGGCAGUGGGAAAAGGUGAGAUUGGACUUAAGACGUUUUGGGGGGGAGUUGAAAGUGUUAAAUUGGAGGUGGGAGGGGGAAGGGCCCAGGGGAGAAUUUGGGUGGAAAAGGAGAGAACGGAGGUUUGGGGAAUGGAGAGUGUCGGUGUGACGAGGUAAUAGAGAAAGUGAGAGACUAGGAGGAAAGUUUGGGAGGAAGGGGAAUGGGAUGGAAGAUAGGACAGUGGAGCUGCAUGGGUUAUAGAGGUUCGGGGGUUUCCCUUUCCCUGUGGAAAGGAAGAGAGCAGAGUUAAGCAGCAUCAGUUGCAGCUAAUUCUAAUUGCCAGGUCCUUAGCUUUUAAUAGGGUGGGAAGGGCAGAAGGGAAUGGUCAUGUGGGUUUGGAGAAUUGGGGUUGGAUGAGGAUUCGACUGGAUUUGCUUUCCAAAAAGCUCCUUAGCUUACAGCUCCCUUGUUUUUCCUGGUUACGAAAAGACGGGAAAAUGGGGAAGCUGGUGUUGCCCAAGUGUGGAGGAGCAAAGGACUUUUGUAGUUUUUAGAAAUUAGCAAUACAGGAGUAGGGAAACAGACAUGACUAUAUGGGAACCCUAUAUGCUAAGGUGAAGGAUCUGGAAGUCUGAUGAGGGAAACAGAAAAGACAGGAUGGCAUCUAGGCAGCCAGGCUAAUUAAAUGAGUGCUUUAGUUUCUAGACCCUUCUUUUGCUGUUGAAGUGCUUGGAGGGAGGGGGUCAGUAUGCAAUAUUGUAUAUAGAAAAACUUUCCCUGGUGAAACAUAGAUGUAUUAGUGGAUGCUGCCCCAGUGGAUAUUUUGUUCUUAUUGUGUGCUAGUUAAGGGAGAGGGCUGAAAAUAGAAUUUGGAGGAUAGUUGUGGUCUGAUAAGUGAAGUGAUGGGAAGAAAAUGCCAUUUUUGUCUGUAACCACUUUCCUCCCAGUUCUCUCUAAAUAUGAAAGUUAAUAUUGUAAGAAAAUAGGUGGAAUAAGGAAUUAAGUUUUCCCAGAAGUUGUGGAAUUUGGGACCUUUCUUACUAUGAGCCACUGAGACUGGAAAUUCUUGGAGUUGUUAUUGGUUUGUGAAUUGACUAGCAGAGAGUUAGGGAAGCCUGGAGACUGUUGGGGGUGAGUUCUCGCCUUCAACUUUUGAGUGGAUCGCCUCAAUCAAAAUGGCUUUAGACUCAUUUGUGUAUUUUUGCAACUGAAAUUGACUAACUCUAUGGGCCUUUGAGGUUCAAAAUAAAGCUUGAAAAUUGACCACACCCCCCUCCCCCAUUUGUUUUUGUUUUGCUGCUGGCUUUGAAACUUGUGCUAGGAAGAGACCUGGGAAAUUAAGUUUCUUGCAGAGUACAGUGGGAAUUGCAGCUGCUGAACAGGGAUUCUGGAAAGUAUUGCGUACCUGAGCCCCCAGCAUGGCGGGCCUAAAGCGGCGGGCAAGCCAGGUGUGGCCAGAAGAACACGGUGAGCAGGAGCAUGGGCUGUACAGCUUGCACCGCAUGUUUGAUAUCGUGGGCACCCAUCUGACACACAGAGAUGUGCGCGUGCUUUCCUUCCUCUUUGUUGAUGUCAUUGAUGACCACGAGCGUGGACUCAUCCGAAAUGGACGUGACUUCUUACUGGCAUUGGAGCGCCAGGGCCGCUGUGAUGAGAGUAACUUUCGCCAGGUGCUGCAGCUGCUGCGCAUCAUCACUCGCCAUGACCUGCUGCCCUACGUCACCCUCAAGAGGAGACGGGCUGUGUGCCCUGAUCUUGUAGACAAAUAUCUGGAGGAGACAUCAAUUCGCUAUGUGACCCCCAGAGCCCUCAGUGAUCCAGAACCGAGGCCUCCCCAGCCCCCUAAAACAGUGCCUCCUCACUAUCCUGUGGUGUGCUGCCCCACUUCGGGUCCUCAGAUGUGUAGCAAGCGGCCAGCCCGAGGGAGAGCCACACUUGGGAGCCAGCGAAAACGCCGGAAGUCAGUGACCCCAGAUCCCAAGGAAAAGCAGACAUGCGACAUCAGACUGCGAGUUCGGGCUGAAUACUGCCAGCACGAGACUGCUCUGCAGGGCAAUGUCUUCUCUAACAAGCAGGACCCACUUGAGCGCCAGUUUGAGCGCUUUAACCAGGCCAACACCAUCCUCAAGUCCCGGGACCUGGGCUCCAUCAUCUGUGACAUCAAGUUCUCUGAGCUCACCUACCUCGACGCAUUCUGGCGCGACUACAUCAAUGGGUCAUUACUAGAGGCACUUAAAGGUGUCUUUAUCACAGACUCCCUCAAGCAAGCUGUGGGCCAUGAAGCCAUCAAACUGCUGGUGAAUGUGGAUGAGGAGGACUAUGAGCUGGGCCGACAGAAACUCCUGAGGAACUUGAUGCUGCAAGCGUUGCCCUGACCUCUUUCCCUUCUCAUUUCUCUGGGGACUGUUCCCACCACCCACCUCUGGAGCUUACAUACUGUUCUGGGGUUUGUUCUCUACCCUUCCAACCAAUCACACCCCUGCCUUUUUUUUUUUUUUUAAAGAAAAGACAAAGGAAAGUGGAAGUGGUGUUCCCUACCCCUCCCUGCACCCAUGUGCCUGGGCUUCCCCUUUGUUUCCCUUUUCCACUUACCCCCUAAUGUGUGUCUCUACAGCCACCUUACCACUGAGCCGUAAGACAAAUGUAUAGGGAGAAGCAAAGUCUAUAGAACAUACUCUUUGUAAGGGAUUGAAGUGAACACUGCUUUUGGGUGCAUUGAGGGGUUAUCAAUGCUUCUGGCUUUAUGAGGGCUCUUAAAUUUUGUCUAAAAAACCAAAGGGCUGUGAGUAAGGGAGCUAUGUGGAAGGUGGGACUCUGAAGUGUACUUUGGAAAUUAAUCAACACCCUCUUCCAAAUUAUAGAAUUUUUACAAAACAAAGAAGCUGUGGCCCUUUCCACUCUCUCCUGGCAUCUGGUGCUGCUCCUCUCUGCCUUCUUUCCUCCAUUCCAUGGCUUGAAACCUCUGCCUGAUUUGGCUCCUUCCUUUUACCCAUUUGUCAAACCCUCUUCAAGGGAAUAGUAGAUAAAAGGACUGAGUCAGCCUAUUCCCCCCUCCCAACUGUGGUGUGUGUGCAUACACACAUACACAGGGUGGAUGCAGAAGAGGUUGCUGAUUAAAAAACACUCCCCCUAUAAAGGGGAAGCGGGAGUGUGACAUUUUCCUUCCCUGUUAAAGUGAAAAUAAAUAAUGUACCCUGCA